GGCCCGGCACUUUGCUUCACUCCCUUGGCAUCCCAGACAGAGCAGAGACUUUCACACCUUCAUUGCCAUUCCACCUGCUCCAGUGCAACCAUGAGAAAAGAAAUUUGCACCAUCGCUUUUCUCCGAGCUGUCUUCUGCGAGUUCUUAGCCACCCUGCUUUUCGUCUUCUUCGGUUUGGGCUCAGCCCUGAAAUGGCCUUCGGCCUUGCCAAGCGUCCUCCAGAUCGCCCUGGCUUUCGGCUUGGCCAUUGCCACGAUGGUACAGACAUUUGGUCCCAUCAGCGGCGGCCACGUCAACCCAGCAGUGACCGUUGCCUUCUUUGUAGGGAACCAGAUCUCUUUUCUCCGGACAUUGUUCUAUGUUGCAGCCCAGCUGAUCGGUGCCAUCGCCGGGGCAGGCAUACUUUAUGGGGUGACUCCUUCUAAUGCCCGUGGCAACCUGGCAGUCAAUGCGGUAAGUACUUGCUGCGGCUGUGGAUUAGAUUCGUGAUAUUGGUGGUUUGGCAUCUCGGGCAGGCAAGUGCCCCUCAAAGGGGAACUGGCUUCUCAGGAGAGACCUGGACUUAGCCUCUGGAGAGCUUGUGGCACAAGAGAUCCCACCAGCACAUUAUGCUGUAGAGUAAGAAUAGGCGUGGAAGUUUGCUGGCAGGGCUGGUUAAUUGUGCCUUGUAAUUUUUGAUGUGGCGUUUCUUCCAAAGGUGUCUCAUAUUCUAAGCAAUUGAGUCAGCCAGUCCCAGAGAGAAAGAGAGAGAGAAGGAACUAUACAUUUUCUUUAACUCCAGCUUUACCACUUGAAGAAUGAUCAGGGGAGCAGGGCAGAUGUACAGAUGUUGGUUCCUUUUAGAAUUGUUGUUUUUCAAAAUGAUAAUAACUUGGAACCAUUUCAAACUGUUGAUGCUCAGUGGGUGCAUGUUGCCUUGUGUCCUCUUGGAAAGGCAUUGACUUCUUUCCCACUAUUUCCCAAUGGAACAAUAAUUUAUAAUAACAGUUUAUUAUUUAUACCCUGCCCAUCUGGCUGGGUUUCCCACGCCAAAAGCUACUCCUGCAGUCCAGUGGACAGCAUUCAGUACUAUGCUCAGGGAUGCGGGAAGGAAGAGAAAAUUAGCUACACACAAGCCCAACACCUGUGAGCACAGAGUUUCCCAUUUGCUUCCCGUGUGUGAGCAUGGAUCUCUUCAGAUCCCUGUGAAAGGUCAGUUCAGCCCAGGAUGAAGCUGAAUGAUCCAACAGUCUUCAACACACUAAACUCUAUGCUGGACUGUGUAUUGAAUUAAAUGGACCAUCAGGGGAAGGUUUAAAAUCCUCAUUAGACCUGGACAUGAAAAGGCACAAGAAAGACCAGCUAAGCCAGCAGGAGGAGGAUGUAGGAAGCAGAACAUAGUGAAAAUUCAGAACACCCUUUGCCAACCUGGUGCUCUCCAGAUGUGUUGGACUGCAGAUCCCAUCAGCUGCAGCCAGCAGAGCUAAUGCUAGGGGAUGGGGGGAGUUUUAGUCCAAAGCAUCUGUAAGGCAUUAAGGCUGGACGGUUGGCAUUGAUAUGUCUCGGGAGACAACAGAAGAGUGUGCCUUCAGGGGUAAAGUCAAACUUGUAGUGCUACAGCGCCUGCUGUGGAAAGGGAAGGGAGUCAGUGUUAAAGGCAACUGCAAGUUCCAGGUUUCCAUUGUAAGGGCACAAAUUUCCUACCAAAGGAAAUCAGAUUUUUUUACCUAUUUGUUCAGUGCUGCGCUAUAGCUAAGGAUCCAGCUUACUUCCCCUUGUUUCCUAAAUUUUCACCAGCAAUCAUUCUUCUGUUCCUAUUAAGCUUUUAGUUAGCAUGCAGAGACUGCAAAGGGGAAUCUUCGGACUGCUCUGCAUUUCAAUCUCUCUUGCGUUAUCCACAUUAACACUGAAUUGUAGCUCUGGAUUGUUGUCGAUGUAGAAGAGGAAGCUGGAAGGAGAAACAUUUGUAAUGUAGAUAAGCCACCUGCCCACUGUUGGUUUGAUAUUUGCAUUACAAACCUGCCCCAAAAGCAAGAAUUACCUUAAACCUCAUGUGUGUAAAGAUGCAAACUGCCUGACCAGAGGGCUUAAAAUCUAUCCCCCCCCCCCCCCCGUGAAUUUCAUUGACCUGCAACAUACCUAUGUAAAUCCCAAAUGCUUAUAAUUCCUUCUAACUCCCCUCUUCUAAAUGGAAGCCAGAGACUCAUUUAAUGGAGCCAGGGAACAUUAUUUUAAGGCUGCCCAAAAGAGAAUCCUCGGAUCUUCUCCUGAAUUGUUGCAAAUCCCAUAGCUUCCCCCUGCAUUGUUCUUCAGCGGGUAUUAGCUGUUGUAAAGAGCAUUUGAAGGAGAUAAAGCAUUUGCCAAGAGAUACUAUCUCAGUGCUAGGUUAAUGAGACUGUAUGAGAAAUCAGUAACAAAAGAGAGAUAAAUGAAGGAAAUAAAAGAGAUACAAAGAUGGACAGAGUGAUAGACCAUUUAAAAAACAAUGAAUGCCUUGUAUAACGCCAACUCCUGUUGCUUCUUAAAGAUCCUUUCCUGUGCUAUAGAGAGGGGUUUAUAAUUCCAGUUUAGUUCUGUUGAAGCUCAGUCAGCUGAAUUGUUUAUUUAGUAUUAUUAAGCACCACACCUCCAGCAAGCUUGGCAGCGUCCAAGUAGAGAGUGAAAUGCAGCUCAGAGGAAUGAAAUCUAAUAGCAACCGUGAAGUCCUAUUGCACUUUGGGGUUUGUUGUUUUCUUAACAACCACCCUUAAGAGUAACCUCUACUUAGUUGGAAGUAGUUUUUCUUGGUUUUAAGCAGGAGUUAGUUCCAGAGAUGAACGUGCAAGAUUGUAACCGCAGUCUCUUCUCUUCCAUCCUGACAGCUCAGCAAUAACACAACCGCAGGCCAGGCUGUGGUGGUGGAGAUGAUCUUAACCUUCAUGCUUGUUAUGUGCAUCUUUGCCUCGACUGACAGCCGCCGGCGCGACCAUGUGGGCUCCCCAUCCCUGUCUAUCGGACUGGCUGUCACUCUGGGCCACCUCGUUGGGGUAAGUGUUUUUCUGCUCAGGUUUUCUUUUAGGAACAUGGGGAGCUGUCCGAUGUUUUGAGUCAGGCUGUUAGUCCAUUUAGCUCAGGUUUGUCCAGAAAUACUGGCAGCAGCUCUCCAAUGUGGCAGGGGCUGAACCUGCGACCUUCUGCGAGGAAAACAAAGUGGUGGUACAGAAACAAAAGGAAGGUGGAGAUGGAAAGAGUGAAAAGCCCCCCACAUCGUGGCAGCUUUGAGUGCUGAUCACUUGGGGGGGCGGUGAUAUGGGGCCACAGUCACUUGAACACAGGGAGAAUAAUAAUAAUAAUAAUUUAUUUAUAUCCCACCCUCUCCAGCCGAAGCCAGGCUGAGAGUGGCUAACAACAGUAAAAGUAAUACAGCAUUCUAAAAUCAAUUCAUUCUAAAAUCAAUUCAAACUCAAAUUAAUGGCAACCAUUGGGCUAGAGUUCUGUAAGGAUUACCAAAGGAGGGGGUCAGGCUGUGCCUUGGCCAAAGGCCUGGUGGAACAGCUCUGUCUUGCAGGCCCUGUGGAAAGAUGUCAAGUCCCACAGGUCCCUAGUCUCUUGUGACAGAGCGUUCCACCAGAUUGGAGCCACGGCUGAAAAAGUCCUGGCUCUGGUUGAGGCCAGCCUAACCUCCCUGUGGCCCGGGAUCUCCAAGAUGUUUUUAUUUGAAGACCAUAAGGUCCUCCGUGGGACAUACCAGGUACUAGGGUCCUACACUGUAUAGGGCUUUAAAGAUUAAAACCAGCAUCUUAAACCUGUUCCUGUACUCCACCGGGAGCCAGUGCAGCUGGUAUAGCACCAGGUGAAUGUGAUCCCACAGCGAAGACCCCUUAAGGAGUCUCGCCGUGGCAUUCUGCACCCGCUGGAGUUUCUGGGUCAGUCUCAAGGGCAGUCCCACGUAGAGUGAGUUACCAUAAUCAAGUCUGGAGUUGACCGUCACGUGGAUCACAGUGUCUAGGUCAGGGCGAGAGAGGUAAGGAGCCAACUGCUUAGCUUGGCGGAGAUGAGAAGUGGCACCUCCAUGUAAAGAAUCCUAUGGCUUCUGUCAUUUCUGCAGUAGGAAGCAGUCUUCAUAAAAUCAUAGAACUGUAGAGUUGAAAGGGAUACCAAGGCUCAUCUAGUCCAACCCCCUGCAAUGCAUGAUUCCCAGCUAAAGCAUCCAUGACAGAUGACCACCCAAUCCCUGCUUAAAAACCUCCAAGGAAGGAGAGUCUUAUGCCAAGUCAGACUGUUUGCCUAUCUAGCCCAGUGUUGACUGGCAGCAAUGGCUCUCCUGGGUUUUGGGCAAGAGUAUGGGUUGAAUCCAAUGCUAGCCCUACUCAGAGUGGACCCGUCAAAAUGAACAGAUAUGACUAACUUAGUUCUGUCUACUCUGAGCAAGACUAGCUUUGGAUACAAUCAUAUUUCUCAUCCUUUACUACCAGUACCUUUUUCCCUGAAGAAGCCAGGAUUGGAAAGAAAUACAUUUGGCAUGCUAAAGGUGUGCUGUACUAUAGAGCUAUGGCCUGUUUGGGUAGAGCAGAGGCAGGGAACCCAUGGCCCUCGUGUAGAGAUGCAGCAUUUGCAUGGAAGUGCUUGUGCACACAAGCAGGAUUCGCACCACACCAAGCAUGGCCGGGCUGAGAAUCUGAUAGCAGCUCCAUGGUGUGGGGAAUGCCAGAAGGGAGAAUUUGCAGGGAUUGCCUAACGUUCGCAAAGCAACAACAACAAACCUAUGGUUACGUGGAACAUACUCAAUAAACACACAAAACGUAACUGGCUGUACUUUUGAAUAAAUAAGGUAUACUAUUCAUUGUAUCAAGGGACACAGGUGGCGCUGUGGGUUAAACCACAGAGCCUAGGACUUGCCGAUCAGAAGGUUGGCGUUUCGAAUCCCCUCAACAGGAUGAGCUCCUGUUGCUUGGUCCCUGCUCCUGCCAACCUAGCAGUUCAAAAGUAUGUCAAAGUGCAAGUAGAUAAAUACAGCGGGAAGGUAAACAGCAUUUCCGUGUGCUGCUCUGGUUCACCAGAAGCGGCUUAGUCAUGCUGGCCAAUGACCUGGAAGCUGUACCCCGGCUCCCUCGGCCAAUAAAGCGAGAUGAGCACCGCAACCCCAGAGUCGGCCAUGACUGGACCUAACGAUCAGGGGCCCCUUUACCCUUUACCUUAUUCAUUGUAUCAAUUUGUAGAUUUCAACAGAAGUCUCAUAAAGUUCAACAAAAAAAGCAGAAGACUCAGUGGAUCAGUUCAUUCUCUAGUCAGUUCAUGCAUAUGGUCAAUGCAUGUAUAAGUAUCUAUUCCACCUGUCUGUUCAAAGAGUCCAAUAAUCCACAUGAAGGGUUGUUACAGUUCCACAGAAUCCUUUUACAGAGUCUCAGACAAGGAUUUCCGGAAUAUUAGCCUUGUUUCGCCAUCCUAGGCUUCAUGGCAAAAAUGACCAGGAAAAUCAGAAACCAGGAAGAGAGAAACUUUAAUAAGGAACAGGAGAAAUUUACAAAUUACCUAAGAGAACACUGUAAACAGCUAAAAGCUUUGGCAGGAUUUGAGUAAUGCUUGUAAUGUACUAUAAAGAAGGUAAAAAUGGACUACUUUAAGAAAAAUAGAGAAAAUAUAUGAUGCAGUUGAAAAAGAUUGAAAAUGGAAAUCAUGGAAGGGUGGAGGAAAGGCAAAGGAUUUAGGGAAUCCUAAAUGUUGAUGGUUAUGUCUAAUGUUUGAAUUUAAAUGUGUACUGCAAAACUGAAUUUUAAAAGAAGAUUAUAAACAAUGGAAUUACAAGAAAUGUUUAGAUGCCUAAUGAACACCUCCCCUCUUCUCCACAGAUCUAUUUUACUGGCUGCUCUAUGAAUCCUGCCAGGUCUUUUGGACCUGCUGUUGUCAUGAAAAGAUUCAGCAGUGCUCAUUGGGUAAGAAGUUAGAGCUUUUCACUCUGAAGUAAAAGACAGUCACAGGAAAUAAGCAGUGAAAACUGACCCUUAGCUGCUGCACGGCUAGGGUUUACUGGAUGCAAAACCAAAGUCACACAUAUUUUAAUACAGAAGUAUUUCAGUGUAAAAGAUAAUGCACAGCGGGAAUAGACAAUGUGGUUCCCUUCAGAUGACUACAACUUCCCAAAUAUUGAUCAUACUGGCAGAAACUAAUGGGAGCUUUAAAUUACAAGGCACCAUGUUGGGUAACUCUGAUGUGUGUGUAAUUUUUCAUCUAUGUUUUAGAACUGUGUCGGGCCACCAAAUUUCAACAAGAUUCACAAUGCCAUGAGCACAAUGGUGGUGAUAGAAGACUCAGAAAUUGGCCACCUUCCCAUAUAUUCUCCUUCGUAUUGUAGCUGCAUCUGUGGUCCCUAAAAUGUGGAGUUGAAAUCCAAAUAGGAAGUACAGAUUUCCAACCACCAUUUCUGAUUCCUUUAAAAUGUCUUGACUUUUUUGGCCCAGCCAGGGACCUCCAAAUUUGCUGUGAAAUUUUGCUUUUGACGAAAGAGAGAUUGCACCCUUGAGAAAUUAUGCAAAUUUUAGUAAAAUUCCUUUUGCUUCCUUUGAAAUUCAUCAGAAGAUCUGCCCAAGCAGGAACCAUGGGGAAAUAGCUAUAAUGUCUGGCCCUCAGGUUCAGACAUCACCCAUUCCUGUUCUGGGACUGGCCGACCAAAGAGGAAGGGGUUGCUCUCUGUUGCUCCACAUGCAACUAUCUACAUUGCAGAGCCACAUCCCCUUAGGAGUAAUCUGUUGGGGGCUGCAUGGUGGCAGGGGGCUAGGAAGAAGUCAUCAGUGGGUGGGGCUAGAGCCAAAAGCGAGUGUGUCAACCUCUUUCACUCUCCUACCCUCUCUUCUUUCUUUCUUUCUUUCUUUCUUUCUUUCUUUCUUUCUUUCUUUCUUUCUUUCUUUCUCACCCCUUUUCAUUCUCUCUCUGUCACCCCUUCUCCCGCAUUUUCUCUGUGCCACUCCCUUUUUCCUAUUUCUCUCUGCCCCUCCACCUCUCUCUUACUAUGUGUUACCCGUUCAAUCUCUCUCUCUCUCUCGCUCUCUCUCUCUCUCUCUCUCUCUCUCUCUUCCGUCUUAGCAGACUGUGUGCAGAUAGCUAAGUCAGAAUGCAGUGUCCCUAUUUUCCAGGGACAGUCCCAGAUUUACAGAAGCCGUCCCAGUUUCUGACUUGAUCCUGGAAUGUCCCGUCUUUUCUUAGGAUGUCCCUAAUUUCAUUGGAGAAAUGUUGGAGGGUAUGGAGUUAUUCGACCCCCAAGCAAUCUGCAGUCACUCCUGUAUAGGGAAGUUUUUAAAUGUUGAAUGUUGUUGUUGUUAGUGUGGCUGGGGCAGUCCAGUCAGAUGGGUGAGGUAUAAAUAGUAAAAUUAUCAUUAUUAUUAAAUAGGACAUCCCUAUUUUCAUUGGAGAAAUGUUGGAGGGCAUGUGAGUGGCUAGCUUGCAAAAUGCUUUUGAAAUUAGGCCAAGGGCUGCGUGAGACUCGGCCUUGGGCUGCAGCUUGCCUACCUCUGCCCAAACCCAUGAGGCAUUUCUUGCAUGGAAGAUACGGCACAAGAUGAAUCAAGCAUCUCUGCUCUGGCCUCGCUGGCACAAAGGAGCCUGAAAGUCUUUGGACAGCUUCUAACUCCUUCCCUUGAUUCCUCAGGUCUUCUGGGUAGGCCCCAUCGUUGGAGGCAUUGUGGCUUCUCUGCUUUACAACUACCUUCUGAUGCCUCAUCCAAUGAACAUGUCAGAGAGGGUCGCCAUUGUGAAAGGCACUUACGAGUCGGAAGAAGAGUGGGAAGAGAAAGAGAAAAGCAUAGAAAUGGCCUCCUGCAAAUGAGAACGCUCUGGGUGACAAGGUAGAGAAGACUCGAACACCCCCUGAUGCCAAAUGAACACUGACCAAAUGCCUUGCAAUUUAAAGAACCAAGAUAGCUUCCACUGAUGCCUGGGGACCAAAGAGGGAAUCAGGUGGACAUUACUUGUGUAAAUAACCAUUAUGAGUGUGUGUGUGGGUGCAUGUGUGUGUGUGGGUGCAUGGGAAGAAGAAAGCUGGAAAGUGGAUGGUUUGAGCACAGUCCGUUUUGGGAACAAGGCAUUCAAAGUGCUGCACCAAACAAGAAUUGCAUUGUAACGUCUCAGGACCGGCAAAGACCUGCAAGUGUUCUAGAGUUAUGCCUGGCACCUUAGCUUUUGCAACUGUGCGAGGGGUGGGUGUGUUAAUAGUUUCUUUAGCAGUUUAUAUUUCCCUUCCUGAUGGGCUACAGGAGAAGUACCCCCAGGUCCACAUAUACUCUGGGCUUUUAGGGUUUGGGGGCAAAGUUGCCUGAGCUUGAAUUUCCUAGGCUUGGUCCAGCUUCAUAUAUGCAAUAAUGCUUGCAACUAGCCCUUUUUUGUAUGCUUAAUACAUCUCCAGCCCGCAUAAACUGUAAAUAUUCACAUGAACCCCUCAGGUUGGAGUUACAGUGGGGUUUAGGGAGUGAUACAUUGGGCAGGGAGAUGAGAAUUUGUGUGAGACGAUCCCACAGAAACACCCUAGCCUUUAAAGAAAAAGACUGCCACAUUCACGGAGAAAAGGAAAACACCAUCCUGACUCUUGCCUUGCCUUGAUUUCCAUCUUCUAUGGGUUCAAACAAGCAGCAAAAGGAAGAGAAACAAUUUCUAGAUCUACUGUACAAAGCACAAGGCCCCUUCCUUAGCUGGGUGACAUCCUUGCUCCAGCUCGACACUUCUGCCUCUAGUCGGUGUGUGAGAGGAUUGCUAGCAUUUGCGUUUGACCAGGUAUCAAGAGGUUAAGACCUAGAGGAGGCAGAGCCAGGAGUUGGGAUGGGGGAAUGGGACUGGCGGGAGUGGAGCCAAUAAAAUCCAGAGGUUUGCUGCUGCAGCUGGUGUUGGCAGAGGUGUUAGACCCGGCCUGUGCUUGAAGGGUGAAGGAUCUGCACAGGAGAUCACGUGUGAGAGUAAUCUCAAUUGCUGCCCCUGAACAAAAUCUCCCCUGUGGCUCUGGGCCCUUGCAACUCCUUUUGCCUUGGUCAGGGGAAAGGUGUGGCCACAGAGAAAACAGGCACAACUGCAGGCUGCUAGCUCAGUCACUCACGCAGCAGUGUGUGAAAUGGACCAUUUGGCUCAGCUCCUGAGGAUACGAGGUGGGUCACCUUCGGAGAUCAAGACAUGUUGCAGGUACACUAAGUGGGAGAGGUGCAGCUGAAUUUCACUUCAAGAAAAGAAAAAUCAGCUUAAAACAAAAAUCUUACUAGCCUCAAAUUCUGGCUGUUGAACAAAAUAAUUUGGCAACAGAAUCAGAUUUAAAAACAAACUGAAAUGUCUGGGGAGAGUUUUGUUGUUCGCUUGGUUGGCAGCCCAAUUAAAGGGAAGGUAGUUUUGGGUGCUUCAUCCAGAGGUGAGCACAGGUAUGAUGAGGAGCUGGACGAAAAGUCAGUCCUCCUGCAGCUGUGGGGGAAGUCAGAGAUGUGCAAGGAAAAUCAAUCCAGAAAGAAUGAUCUGUCCAUUGACCCUUUCCAAAGUGUUAUAUAACUUGAGCUGGGCGGGGAAAGACUGCUGUUUUCUGCAUUGGCCGGUGUCUUGCUGAGUUUAUUUUCUGUUUAAUGCAAUUUCAUUUAUUAUUAUGAGGGUCUC